GCCUAACCGACAAACAAUCGGGUCAGAAAAGUCGACCCGUUUCUUCUGUGCUCGGGUGACGGCGAAGCGGCGAAACCAAUCUUCAGACGGAGACGACCAAAUGGACGACGACGACGACGCCGACGCCGCAGCGACACUUGUCAAGCAAGCGUUCGGCGAAUCGUCUGACGAAGAAGGCGGUCAGCUCGGCGGACUCGAAGCUCCUGAGGGAAGCGAGCGGGAGCGUCUGCCUCAUCGGUCUACGCCGCGCCGGAGCCCUACCUGGGCGCCGAUCGAGGAGAUCGAUGGGCUGUGGCUCUGCGGCGACUUCCUCUCCCCGGAACAGCAGCACUCUUUGCUCUCUGCGGUCGAGGAAGAGGGAUGGUUCAUUGAAGCUUCGCAUAACCAGGCCAUGAGAUUCGGAAGUCUUCCGGCGUGGGCAACUGGGCUUUCUAAUUCUAUCCGAGAGGCAGUUUUAUUAGGGGACCUUGUUCCAGGGUUUGAGUUGUCAAAUGCAGAUGCAUAUGAAGAUUCUUCUCUCUUCCCUAUCCUGCCAUUCGAAUUAUUAGGGAGGGAGCCUCUCUUUGAUCAACUUAUUGUGAACUUAUACCAACCGGGUGAGGGUAUUUGUGCACAUGUUGAUCUAAUGCGCUUUGGUGAUGGAAUCGCUAUCGUAUCCCUCGAGUCUCCAUGCAUCAUGCACUUCACCCAGGUUGAAGAUAUGCGCAUCGGCAGCAAAGGAGAAAAUGGGAGGCAGCCAAUGUCUAAAGUACCAGUCUAUCUGGCUCCCGGUUCCUUAGUUAUUAUGUCGGGAGACGCUCGCUAUCGUUGGAAGCACGAGAUAAAUCGCAAACCAGGAUUUCAGGUAUGGCAAGGGCAGGAGCUAGAUCAGAAGAGAAGAAUUUCUAUUACACUGAGAAAGCUUUCCAUAGCUGAGUAGCGUAUUAGCUCAUCUCAGGAAGAAGUUUCGUCCUUGUGGAAUUUUUAUUUUCUAAUAUACUCGAUCAGAGAAGUAUUGAGGGAUGAUAGAUACUAAGAUUGAUCAGGCACAAACAAUCCUCUGCGAUGGUUAAAAGUAGUUCAGAGCAGCUUGUCAUUUUCGGAAAGUUGCUUGCUUCCUGGCUUUUCUAGUGAUGUUUUUGGUUGUCGAAGCUGUAAAUCAGAAAGAAUUGUUGCGCAGCGAUCGAUUUCUCUCUGUGAGAAAUAAAAAUAAGCCUCAAGGUUGAGGCAA